GUCUGAGGUAUAUAACAUAACCUCUAGCAACAAGCAUAUGCUACUGCUGUGCCCUUGCCUACGAAAUGCAGCAUAACCAUGUAGUCCUACUCAUAGGGAACCAAGCUUGGAUGAUAAGAACUGAUAGUAUUUAACCGGAGAGAGUAUGAUAGAAUACCAACCUAUGGGAUACUUCAUAUUACCGACGUUGUCCGUGUUUGCGAUCGCUGCUCCCUUGGCCACCCCCUUCUGUCUCUGUCUCUUGUCUCUCGCUCUGUCUCCGUACCUGAGAACUUCCGCCCGGAGCAGAAAAACGGGGAAAUCGCGGCAUGUCAGCCGAAAGACGCCGCACGCACCUGAUCAGUCCCGGUGGCGCGUAGGAAGGUCCAGAAACCAUGGACUCCGUUUGGAUGCUGCAGAUAGAUAAGUAGUAGCGUAGGUACUUAAGUGAGUAAAAAUUUGUGAAUAGUUUUCGAGCAAUUUCUGCAGAGACUGACGCAAAUUGACAAUCCCGUU